GGGCAUUUUAGCCAAUUAGCAACACAAGGCAUAUAAACCUGUCUAACAAAACAAACGAAACCCUAAGUCCUAACCUAUAUGAAACUCGGCGCCGCUCAGCCUCUCCUUCACUCUCUCCAUUUCCAACUGUUCCCUCCAAAUGACGAGCAAAAACUGAACCCUAGUCCUCCUCUCGAUCGGACUAAACCAUUGCCUCUCUCCCUCUUACUUCUUUUCGCCUAUCAAUCGACCCUCUUCUUCUCCCUACGUUCUAGUGAAUGAUGAGGAGCAAGGAAGGAGAGCAAAAGGACGGGGCAGGAAGAAGCGACAGUAGUGGACAUCGGCCAUGGCGAUCGACGGCGGCGAAGGUAAUAAGGUGGCACGACAGAGGCCUGGCAGUGACGGGGGGACGAGGAAAGGGCGAAGGAAGGAAAGAGGGUCAACAACGGCAGCUCUGAGCUUCUCCGGCGGCGACAAAGACAAGAUGAGUGAACUUUGUUUUGGAGAGAGGUCUGUUGAGGAAGGAAGAAGUAGAAGAGGAAGAAAGGAGUUGGCCGUGAAGUGUCCCCUGGCAGGAAGCUUGGGAAAGGAGAAGGGAAGAAGCUCGAAGUAGGAAGUCCCCUGUUUUUUUUGCUUUGUUUUCUGUGGUGUUCAUCUGUGUAAGAAGGGAAGGAAGUGGGAGGUUUUUGCAGAGUUUCUCUACUGUGUUUUUAUUUGAAAGAGAAGGGAAGAGAAGAAGUUGAAGAAGAACAAGGAGAAUCGAUCCCCUGAGAGGACGAAGAAGAACAACGAAAAGAAGUCCACCCCCUUUGUAAGUGCCCAAAGGGCUCUUUUUAUAGAAAGAGGAUGCUUAGGCAGCAAGCAAGCUACAGUACCCACUCUCGUCUGAUCGGGUUUGGGUCAUUGGUUGGACCAGGCCUGGCUGUGUGGUUUGACUUUCGUUGACUUUCAUUGACUGUUGAAUUUUUUGGUUGGGGUUUGACUUGGGCCUAAAUUCUUAUAUUGUACCAUUGUAAUUAGUGUAAUGUAAUAGCAAUUUAGCAUUGUAAUUAAUUGUAAUUCUUAUGUAUUGUAUUUAUCUUGAUAAAAUUGUUAUGACUUCUAUAUUAUUAUUUAGAAAUUGAGGCCCAAUUCUCAUAA